UCCCUGUGGUUGAUUCUUCAUCACACUGAAACCAUUAGGAAAAAUCCUUGUGGUUAACAGCAGAGGCUUCAGAGUGUAACCUGUACUCGAGCCUAGAAAUUAUUUUAAAUGGUGACUGAUACGUGUCAAGGUGAACUCGUCCAUCCUAAGGCACUCCCACUUAUAGUAGGAGCUCAGCUGAUCCACGCGGACAAGUUAGGUCAGAAGGUAGAAGAUAGCACCAUGCCGAUUCGUCGAGCUGUGAAUUCUACCCGAGAAACUCCACCCAAAAGCAAACUUGCUGAAGGGGAAGAAGAAAAGCCAGAACCAGAUGUAAGUUCAGAGGAAUCUAUCUCCACUGUAGAAGAACAAGAGAAUGAAACUCCACCUGCUACAUCUAGUGAAACAGAACAGCCCAAGGGAGAACCUGAGACUGAAGAGAAGGAAGAAAAUAAGUCUUCUGAAGAAACCAAAAAGGAGGAGAAAGAUCAGUCUAAGGAAAAGGAGAAGAAAGUGAAAAAAACAAUACCUUCCUGGGCUACUCUUUCUGCCAGCCAGCUAGCCAGGGCCCAGAAACAAACACCGAUGGCUUCCUCACCUCGUCCCAAGAUAGAUGCAAUUCUAACUGAGGCCAUUAAGGCAUGCUUCCAGAAGAGUGGUGCAUCAGUUGUUGCUAUUCGAAAAUACAUAAUCCAUAAAUAUCCUUCUUUGGAGUUGGAGAGACGGGGUUAUCUUCUUAAGCAAGCACUGAAAAGAGAGUUAAAUAGAGGAGUCAUCAAACAGGUAAAAGGAAAAGGUGCAUCUGGAAGUUUCGUUAUGGUCCAGAAAUCAAGAAAAACAUCUCAGAAAUCCAGAAACAGAAAGAAGAGGAGCUCUGCAGUGGAUCCAGAACCACAAGUGAAAUUGAAGGAUAUCCUCCCACUGGCCUUUACUCGCCUUUGUGAACCUAAGGAAGCUUCCUAUAGUCUUAUCAGGAAAUACGUGUCUCAGUAUUACCCCAAGCUUAGAGUGGACAUCAGGCCUCAGCUGUUGAAGAAUGCUCUGCAGAGAGCAGUAGAGAGAGGCCAGUUAGAACAAAUAACUGGCAAAGGUGCAUCGGGGACAUUCCAGCUGAAGAAAUCAGGGGAGAAACCCCUGCUUGGUGGAAGCCCAAUGGAAUAUGCAAUCUUGUCUGCCAUUGCUGCCAUGAAUGAGCCGAAGACGUGCUCCACCACUGCUCUGAAGAAGUAUGUCCUGGAGAAUCACCCAGGGACCAAUUCUAAUUAUCAAAUGCAUUUGCUGAAGAAAACUCUGCAGAAAUGUGAAAAGAAUGGGUGGAUGGAGCAGAUCUCUGGUAAAGGAUUCAGUGGCACCUUCCAGCUCUGUUUUCCAUAUUACCCAAGCCCAGGAGUUCUAUUUCCAAAGAAAGAGCCAGAUGACUCCAAAGAUGAGGAAGAAGAUGAAGAUGAAGAUGAGUCAUCAGAAGACUCUGAGGAUGAGGAGCCACCACCUAAGAGGAGAUUGCAAAAGAAAACUCCAGCCAAGUCCCAAAGGAAAGUGGCACCCAUGAAGCAGAGAGGAUCCAAGCCUCUAGAAAAAUGCCUUUCUGAGAACCAGAAGCAGUGCUGUCUCUACUCGGCCAGCGCAGCGAUGGCCCCAGCAGGCCUCUACCGUGUGACUGCUUACACAGGGUUGUAUCGGUGGUCUCCGCGGCGUCUCCACCACGCAGCCGCAGUACUGUUUGUGUAG